AUGGACGCCUCAUCCCUCACCUCCCGCCUCCUCACCGAGCUCCUCCCCCCGGACAUGGCCGCCUCCCUCCGACGCCACGUCCUGCACCCCAGCUCGCCCUUCCAAACCAUCACGCGCUUCACCACCACGCGCCUCCACUCCCUCGCCGCCUCCCUGCGCCCGCACCUCGAGCCCCUCGCCGACCGCGCGGCCGCCGCCCUCGCCGAGAACCAGGGCCUCGCGGGCCUCGUCGCCGCCCUCGCCGCCGUCACGGCCGUCGUCGUCGUCAUGAACUGGCUGCGCCGCCUCGUCCUGUGGUGGACCCGCGUCGUCAUGCGCCUCACCUUCUGGGCGCUCGUCGCCCUGCUGCUCUCCUGGGUCUGGAGCAGGGGCGUCCUGGAGAGCGUCCGCGACGCCGUCGUCCUGGGCGGGAAGGUCGUGGGCUACCUCGCCGUCGUGAGGGACGUGUGGGUCGCAGAGUAUAACCGCUACGAGGGGCAGCAGAACACGGGGUACCGCGCGGCGGGCGGGCGCGGGAGGAGUUCGGGGAGGUAG